AUGUUGAACAAGAUCUGGUACAAGACCGACCUAGGGCGCACAACCGAUUACAACACGAUUGUAUCGGACUCGCAGGCCAUCCGCUACGUGGCCGAAUUCAUGCACCGAACUGGACUCCUUGGUCAAUUCCGCGACGUGGAAUACGAGGAUGUCGACGUCAACGUUGAAACGCUCGAAGGGAGCGGGCACUAG